UUGGUGAAUAAUAUAUAGGUUAGACAAAAAAAACCUUUUCAUUUACAGUAGCAGCUAGAUCUAAAAAAACAUAUCGUUUCUUACAUCUCAACGCUACAUAUUCAAUCUCCAUUAAAUCACUCCACUGAAAAAAAAAUGGAGCUCUACUAAUAUCCUAGUCACUCGUGCCCACCGUGGAGCCGUGGAGAGGGAAUACUAGUACUAGAUGCCCACCGAUCAGAGGGAGAUAUAGAAAUUAGAUGCAUGCAGAUGCAGUAGCGGUGGUGCUGUCUCCACACAGACGGCGGCGGUUCACAUGCUGCUCCUAGGCCUCGCCGUGCCGGCCAUGGCGGCCGGGUUCCUGAAGGCGUUCGGGCUCGCGUUCCUGCUGUGGCCGUUCAACCUCGCGCUGCCGCUGGCGCGCGACCUGCCGCGGGCCUGCAUCACGCUCCGGGCCAUCGUGUCCUUCUACGCUGCCGGCCUGCGGGGCUACGUCGCCGGCGCCCGGCGCGGCGUGCAGCUGCUGCAGGCGCGGAGCCAGCUGGGACAGCACCAGGACGGCGGCGCCUCCGCCUCCUCCUCCUCGUCCUCCUCUUCCUCCUCCUCGGCACGCGGCGUGGCGAGGACGCGCGUGGAUGCCGUGGCGCAUGCCAUGCUCGCCUUCGACGACAUCUACUGAUGAUGAUCCGCUGCAAGGCGGGGCUCUUGGAUCGGUUAGGAUUUAAAUUCCAAGUCCUCUUGUAGCGUGGCCAUUUUGGUUUCACACUUUCUUCUCUUAGUUUUGGUCUUUGGAUUGUAUAUGUGGUUCUUCUCUCCGUUUUUGUGCAAAUUUUAUAUCUGCCGUGGAUCAACGGGAACCCUCUAGUGCAAUACAUAUUUCUACAUAAAAAGGUUAUUAGCAGGACGUCAGAUA